CAUAGCGUUUGUCACUCGGCGUCUGAGCGGCUUCACCGACGCCACCCGGAAAGACCUGUGCUGGUCCGAAUGGCACGCAUCUCGUGUGUGGCAUCUUUCUUUCUCUUUCUGACUAAGCUCAGCAUUGGCCAGAGACAAGUAACAGUUCAGAAAGGACCACUGUUUAGAGCUGAAGGCUACCCCAUCAGCAUUGGCUGCAAUGUCACUGGCUACCAGGGACCUUCUGAGCAGCAUUUCCAGUGGUCUAUUUACCUGCCAACAGCUCCAGACCAAGAAAUCCAGAUCAUUAGCACCAAAGAUGCCGCCUUCUCUUAUGCGAAGUAUGCAGGACGCGUGCAAAGCAGGGACAUCUACGUGGAGAGGGUCCAAGGCAACUCAGUCUUGUUGCACAUCUCAAAGCUCCAGGUGAAGGAUUCUGGGGAAUAUGAGUGUCACACCCCGAACACCGAUCAAGAAUACUAUGGGAGUUACAGUGCGAAGACUACUCUCAACGUGAUUCCAGACACCCUCUCUGCCGCCAUGAGUCCCCAGACCCUCAGGAAGGAGGAAGGUGAGCCGUUGGAACUUACCUGCGAGGCAGCCAAAGCCACCGCUCAGCACACCCACCUCUCUGUCACCUGGUACCUGAUGCGGGAUGGACACAGCCCAGCCACCGAGAUUAUUUCCCUCUCCAGAGAUUUCAUGGUGAUGCCCGGCCCCUCGUACACAGAGAGGUUCAAGGUUGGUGACGUGCGGCUCGACAAGCUUGGGGCCGCCACCUUCCGGCUGUCCGUGGGGAGCCUGCGGCCCUCGGACCAGGGCCGGCUCUUCUGUGAGGCGACUGAAUGGAUUCAGGACCCGGACGAGACCUGGACUGCCAUCACGAAAAAGCAGACAGAGCAAACCACGCUGAGGAUCCAGCCGGCAGUGAGAGAUUUUCAAGUCAACAUUACAGCCACCAGCACGUUUGCUGAAGGGAAACCCUUAGAACUAACGUGCCUGGUAGUGGGCAGUGGCCAGGACCCACAGCUUCAGGGCGUUUGGCUCUUCAAUGGUGUUGAAAUGGCCCACAUUGAUGCUGGCGGCGUUCUGCAUCUGAAGACAGACUACAAAGAGAGAGCAAGUCAAGGACAACUCCAGAUUGCAAAAUUAAGCCCCAAGGCUUUCUCUCUCAAGAUCUUCGCUGCAGGGCCAGAGGAUGAAGGUGCCUACAGAUGUGCCGUGGCAGAGAUGGCAAGAGCUCAGAGGGGUUCCUGGCAGAUGCUCCAGAGAAAGCAGUCACCAGACAGUCAUGUGCACCUCAAGAAGCCAGCAGCAAGAAGCGUGGUCUUGUCCACCCAGAGCGAGCAGCAAACGGUGUGGGAAGGAGAGGCGCUGACGCUGGUCUGCAAGGCAGACGGAGCCGAAAGCCUCCUGUCUGCGAGCUGGUGGCACUUCCCGCGGAACCAGACGCAGCCGGAGUUCGUGGCUGGCAUGGAUCAGGCUGGCACCGUGCAACGGGGUGCCUCCUAUGGCGAACCCAGCAACCACGGCCGCACGAGGCUGGAGAAAAUGGACUGGGCCACCUUCCGGCUGGAGAUCUCCUCCACCAGCAUCAGCGACAGCGGCAUCUACGAGUGCAGAGUGUCUGAGAGGACCAGGGCCCAAGGCGGAGGUCUGAGCUGGGCUCAGAAGAUGUCCGUCACUGUGAAAUCCCUAGCGUCAAGUUUACAAGUUAAUCUGAUGAGCCGUCAACCACAAGUGAAACUAACCAACACCUUGAACCUGUCCUGCAUAGUGGGUGUUGGCUACCCUGACCUCCAGGUGCCACUCAGCGUGACGUGGCAGUUCCGGCCAGCUGGGGCUCAGGCCUUCCACCAGCUGGUCCGAGUCACGCAACCAGGCACUAUCGAAUGGAGAGACUUCCCCUCCCAGUUCCAAAAAAAGAUGAAAGUUUCGCAGUCUUCACUUCAUUCUCAACUCCUGAUCUACGACGCCACCAAGGAAGAGGAGGGGGUGUAUCAGUGCAAAGUGGAUGUUUACGACAGAAAUUCCCUGCGCUCCAACGGCCCCGCCCGGGCUUCUGCUCUGUCUCACCCACUCAGCAUAGUCAUCACUUUACCAGAGAGCAAGCUAAAAGUGAACUCAAGCAGUCAAGUCCAAGAGCUCUCCAUCAACUCCAACACCGCCAUAGAAUGCAGGAUCUUGUCCCAGACCCCUGGAAACCUUUCGUUAGCCGUCACUUGGUACUUCUCUCCCCUCUCCCCUAAUGCGUCCUGGCUGACGAUCCUGGAAGUGGACCAAGCCAAUGUUGUAAAAUAUGGAGAUGAAUUUCACAGCCCACGGAGGAAACAAAAAUUCCACACCCAGAAAGUUUCCCAUGACGUGUUUCGGCUGCACAUUCUGAACGUGGAAGACGGCGAUCAGGGCGCAUACCGCUGCGCUGUGCAGGAGUGGCUCCUGUCCGCCAACGGCGUGGGGUACGGGCUUGGAGAAGGGACGUCAGGUCUGACAGAACUGAAACUCAGGCCCACAGGAAGUAAGGUCCGUGUCUCUAACGUGCACUGGACAGAAAAUGCGACCGAGCACACAGAGGUGGCCAUCCACUGCGGCCUGGAGAGCUCGGGCGACUCAGCCUCCCUGUUCUCCGUGAUGUGGUACCGGACCAUAGAACAUUCUAAAAGCAAACUGCUGGUGCACCUGCAGCAUGACGGCUUGCUGGAGUAUGGCGACGAGGGGCUCAGGAGGCACCUGCAGUGCUACCGUUCAUCCCCUACAGACUUUGUCCUGAAGUUUCAUCAGGUGGAGAUGAAGGAUGCGGGAGCGUACUGGUGCAGGGUGGCAGAGUGGCAGCUCCUCGGCACCCCCAGCAAGUGGGUCACCCAAGCAUCAGAUGAGUCACAGCCUGUGGUGCUCACAGUGCUGCCUUCAGAGCCCACGUUUCCUUCUAGGAUCUGCUCUUCAACAUCUUUUAUCUAUUUUUUACUUGUCUGCCCCUUCAUUCUGCUCAUUCUUCUGCUCAUUUCUGCCCUCUGCUUAUACUGGAAGACCAGGAAGCUGUCAGCACUGAGACUAGCGUCCCAGAAAGAAAAGGCCCUCUGGGUGAACAUGAACGGGGCUGGAGACAGUCCCGCCAGCAGGUGGGGAGAGGAAGAGGAAGACCAUUGACUCCCAAGAGGCUCCCGCAGUCCCGUGGGAACAGUGUGGACUUUGCAGUUGGACUGAUCAGACCAGCGUGCACAUGAAUCCUGGCUCUGCCUUUCUCUUGUCUGUGGCCUUGGGUACAUUCCCCAGGAAUCUGAGGAGAUGUUCAUUGAGUGUGUAUGUGGUGCCAGGCACUGUUAAGUGUUUCUUUGUGUGUGACCUCAUCUACCCCUUGUAUGCCCCUCCCCCCAGGAGCGGGAUGGCAUCAUGACUCUGAUUUCACUCACUUCGCCUUAUGGAGGUUCAGGUUCCCCAUCUGGGAGGAGAGAAGUCCCGCCCUCUCACAGCCUCUGGGGCUCAGUGAGAUCCUGUGGCCAAGCCCAGUGGGGGGUGGGGGGCUCUCUCAGCUCUCCUGGGCUCUCAGUCACUGAUUGCCUGGAAAACGCCCUGAGCUGCCCUCACCGUGGCUCUCGGUAAUCCUCUGCCUCCAGGGAAGAGGUGUAGGAAGGGGCCUGAAGUAGCGAGGUGGGAGGAACUGGGAAUAUGUCCUUCUUUCCCAUUACACCUGCCUCCCACUGCAAUGCGGCUCCCUUCGAGGCAGAAACCCCCCUUUCCCUUCGUCCCAUCGAUAAGAGCCACGCAAAAGCUCUGCGUAGUAGGUGCUUAAUUAGUGUUGUUUUUCUUUAUUAAAUAAUAAAGCAUUUUGUAGCCUGAGUUUUUUUUUCCCCCUGUAAGACUAAGUCAUCGCUAAGGAAAACUUUUUUUUAAAUCUAACAACAGUGCUCCAGUCAGCCCCCCAAGAUUCGUAUCUUCCCUUGCUCCCCACACCACAAGGCCUGCCUGGCUCCCGGCUCUUAGCCAAUGCCCUGUCUUCUCAGACCGGACAGCACUCUGGGGCUGUGGUGGUUAUGUGGGGGAUGAGCGGUCCACAGUGCCAUGUCCCCUCCCAUGGCAGUGGGCUAGGGGUUCAGGGGGGCCGUGGGUCAAGUCUGGCUCCUCCGGAUCCCCUAUUCUCAGCCAGGUAAAGUCGAGAGGAUGGUGGUGAAGUUGGGGUUCAUGGCUUAAGGCUUUCAACGCUGUCCCCCCCAGGAGUAGACAACUGUCCCCACUGGACCUGAGGUCCCUUCCCUUUGUUUCAAAAGCUACUCAGGCCCCAUUGUAGCCGGAAUGGAAAACCAAUCAGUGUCACCUCACAGACUUGAGAAAACACAUCUGUUUAUUGUCUGUGUGACCAACAGCAUUGCUUUCACACUCGGUAAUUUGCAUUUCCAAGGAGAGCGAUUUAUUUUUAAUUAUUGUAUCAGGCGCAGACGUCCUCUCCAAACAUAAUUAGUUUUUUUGCAAGAGAAUUAUCAGUGGCUGCGAGAACUCCCACAGUAGACCCACUGGCUCCAUGCACUCUUCUCACUCCAAAUGUUUCCUUCCACACUUCCACACGUUUGUUUUUCUCAGGUAAGGAAGCAUAGUUUUCAGAGAACAAAGCUCAAGGUAAAGACCUCUGAGAAAAUAAGAUUGAUGUCUCCCCCUCCAGUUUUCCCAGAAACCUGUAUUUUCAUUGGGAUGCUGAAGGGAAAGAGCAGAACUAAGCCCAGCAGAGACUCAGAGUGGAUUCCGGUGCCUCCCCUCCCCCCACGGCCCCUCCUCUCGCCCGGACGGCGCCUUUCCACGCUGAGCUCACACAUGCCACUUUCUCUCGCUCGCUCGAAGGCAGCACAGACAUCGUGAGGGCAGACCCUCGAAUGUCUAGCUGCUCCCUCCCCCAGCGGGCUCUGGGAAUGGUCGUCUCCCGAUGAGCCUGCUGUGUCUGGCGCGGGAGGGUGCGAGGGACCCAGGGGUAACGCAAGCGCACGGAGCCCCGGAGCCCGAUUACCUCGCUGGGCUGGUCGCUUGCCCGGCCUGGACCCUCUGCUUCCAUUAAUGGGAUCUGGCACAGGUUCAAAUUUCAAAGAAGCCAGUUUGCACUUUUGGCUCAUUGUGAGUGUUCAGGUAACUAAAACCCCAGUCUGAUUUUUUUCCUUUUCGAAUGUGUAGAAUAAAAUUUGUUUUCAUAAUAGACAUUUUACAUGAAACCUAUAUUCGGUCCAAUUAUGUACUUGUUCAUUGUAGUUCUUAAAACUUAAUGGAGAACGUCACUUUUCCUCAUUGAUUUCAACCUUUCCAUUCUGUGUCACCACUGGCUUUUCCCUUACUUUCUUGUGUUAUAAAUUCUCCUUGGCAACAGGACAAACCUCUGUGUUAAGAGUUGGCUGCCUCGGGCCCGUGGGCAAAAUACAGCCCAGCACCUGUAUUUUAAAAUAUAAUUUGUUGGAAUCCAGCCCUUUCCAUUUACCUAUGUAUUUCCUGCAGCCAGUGUUCUGACAAAAUGGCAGAGUUGAGCAGUUGCCAUGGAGACAGCAUGACCCUCAAAGCCUGAAAUAUUUGCUAUCUGGCUCUUGAUGGAAAAUGUUUGCCAACCUUGCUCUCUUAAAGUAGCUAAUGUUCUGUGUGUCUUCUCUGUGUAUUAUGUUCCUGGGAAACUUGAUUGGACUUAUUGUAUCUCUCGUGGCUAUGUAUCUGAAUUAAUUUAAUAAACAGUCUUGGACUCUCUGUAUUGGACUCUCUCAGUCCAGCAGUUCUGAAGGCUGGGUUCUCUCUACCGCACUC